UAAUUAGUCUAAUACUGUUAGUGAUGGCAUCGAAUAGUGCGAAAUUCCGGGGACUUCUCCAACGUCCCUACGAACCCUUGUUCAUGCCUAAAUCCAACGGGCAACUGUAUUUUGAUGUUCCGGACAACUAUCUAACUGAUCGAUACCGCGCCAUUGGGCAAUCCCUACAGACCAGAUUCAGUGCUAACAUUUCUACUAGAGUCCCACUGCAAAACAUUACCCCUCCGGAUCUGAACUUUGCCGAAAGAGUUCCUCGGCGUGGAGGAUUUUCGGUUUUUAAUACACGGGACCGCAAAGCAGCCGGGCAGCUGAUCGAGCUGUUUAUGAACCAGAGCAAUCCCGAUACGCUGUUUGCCGUGGCUGCCUAUUGCCGAGAUCGGUUGAACGGGCCACUCUUCCAGUAUGCAUUGUCCGUUGCGUUGCAACAUCGUCCCGAUACGGCCAACAUAGCGCUACCAAGCUUCUUGGAGUUAUUUCCCGAUCGGUUUAUUGAGGCAUCAACGUUUCCGAAGUUGCAGGAGGAAGGCCGUAUCGUUAAUCAAGGUGAUAGGAUGGCCGUUGAUAUUCCGAUAAACAAUACUGCAUCGGACCGUGAACCGGAACAAAAGCUAGCAUAUUGGCGGGAAGAUAUCGGUGUCAAUCUUCACCAUUGGCAUUGGCAUUUGCUGUAUCCGUCGGAAGGUCCCGACAGAGUGGUACGGAAGGACCGUCGUGGUGAACUGUUCUACUACAUGCACCAGCAAAUCCAAGGACGAUAUAACAUUGAACGGUUCUGCAAUGGGCUACCGAGGGUGAAAUCUUUUGCACAAUUCCGAGAAGCCAUCCCCGAGGGAUAUUAUCCGAAGCUCACCCAGAGCUCAAACAAUCGAUCUUACCCAGGACGGAGCCGUAACCUAGUGUUGAAUGAUCUGAAUCGCAUCGAAGAUGAAGAAGUAGUGACAAUUGCAGAUAUGGAAGUGUGGACUGGAAGAAUAUUCGAAGCGAUCGAUUCCGGAUUCGCCGUGUCUGCAAAUGGUCAACGGAUUUCUCUCGACAACAGAGAGGGAAUCGACGUGCUGGCCAAUAUCGUUGAAAACUCAUCGUUAUCCCCGAAUGCGGACUUCUACGGUCGACUGCACAUCGAAGGGCACAUGAUGAUAGGGUUCAUUCACGAUCCGGAUAACUCGUUCCUGGAAAGCUUUGGAGUAAUUGCUGACAACACUACAUCGAUGCGUGAUCCAGCUUUCUUCCGCUGGCAUCAACACGUGGACGACAUCUUCGAGCGACAUAAGCGAAAAUUCAAGCCGUAUACUGCAACAGAGCUAUCCAAUUCAAACAUUGAAGUCAAUUCAAUCGACAUCUCGUUGAAUAGACCUGGUGCUACAAACAACAUCCUACUAACAUUUUGGCAACGAUCACAAGUAGACCUCGGAAUUGGUCUUGAUUUUGGACCGGAUGGGAAUGCGUUCGUAACGUUUACCCACAUUCAGCACGCUCCUUUUAGUUAUCAGAUCAAGAUUAUCAACACGGGUAGAACUCCCAAGCGGGGCACGGCUCGUAUCUUUCUGGGACCAACCGGCGAUCAAAAUGGAAAAUCAAUCCCCAUCCAACAGAAACGUCGUUGGAUGCUCGAGUUGGACAAGUUCUCUGUGAAUUUAAACCCUGGAGUGAACAACGUUGUUCGUCGUUCGGAUCAAUCGAAUUUAACUAUUCCUUACGAACGAACCUUCCGUAAUGUAGCGGCUUCUAUUCAACCGGAUAGUGAACCGUUUAGGUUCUGCAACUGUGGCUGGCCAUCGCACAUGCUAAUACCGAAAGGAACUCCCCAAGGAACUCGAUUCGAUUUGUUCGUCAUGGUGUCGAACUAUGAUGAUGACGUUGUAAAUCCCAAUUUUGACGAAACGGUCCCUUGUGAUGAUGCUCACACGUUUUGCGGAUUGCGUGAUCGCCUCUAUCCGGAUGCUCGCAGUAUGGGUUUCCCGUUCGAUCGCUUGCUAGCUCCGUCCGUUACCAGUUUGGAAGACUUUGCUAAACCGUACAAGAACAUGGCUCUCAAUCAAGUGGUGAUACGGUUCACCAAUACAGUUAUUUCUGCUGCUGUUCUGUUCACGAUGGCAUCCAAUAGUACCAAGUUUCAUGGGCUUCUUCAGCGGCCGUACGAGCCCAUGUUUCUACCCAAGUCCAACGGGCAGGUUUACUUCGAUCUUCCGGACAAUUACCUUACCGAUCGGUACCGUCCGCUGGGUCAAUCGCUUCAGAACCGUUUUGGCUCCAAUGUGCAAACCAGAAUUCCCGUGCAGAACAUUACCGCGCCCGAUAUUAGUUUUGCUCAGGUGGUUCCUCGUCGCGGGGGCUUCAGUGUGUUCAAUCAACGCCAUCGACAGGUGGCCGGCAGGUUGAUCGAUAUGUUCCUGAAUCAGAACGACGCUGAUACGCUGUGCGCCGUGGCAUCGUACUGCAGAGAUCGCCUGAAUGGACCACUCUUUCAGUAUGCCUUAUCAGUGGCCCUACAGCAUCGCUCGGAUACGGCCGAGAUACCGGUGCCGAGUUUCCUUGAACUGUUUCCAGACCGGUUCAUUGAGGCAUCCACCUUUCCACAGUUGCAGGAAGAAGGAAGAAUCGUCAACCAAGGUGACAGGAUGGCCAUCGACAUUCCGGUGAACUAUACCGCAUCUGAUCGUGAACUGGAGCAGAGAAUGGCAUAUUGGCGUGAGGAUAUCGGUGUAAAUCUGCACCAUUGGCACUGGCAUCUGGUGUAUCCCGCAGAAGGCCCGGACGUGGUCGUCAGGAAGGAUCGCCGUGGAGAACUAUUCUACUACAUGCACCAGCAAACGAUGGCGCGAUACAAUAUUGAACGGUUCUGCAAUGGUCUAUCGAGAGUACGUCCAUUUGCUCAUCUGCGGGAGCCAAUUCCAGAUGGAUAUUAUCCGAAGAUUACGCAGAGCUCUAAUAAUCGUUCAUACCCUGGUCGGGGGCGGAAUCAACUGCUGAGUGAUUUGAAUCGUGUUGAGGAUCAAGUUAUUGUUUCGAUAAGCGAUAUGGAGACAUGGACAGGUAGAAUAUUCGAAGCAAUCGAUGCAGGAUCUGCUACAACAUCUGAUGGUCGUCAAAUUCCUCUGGACAACAGAUCAGGCAUCGACGUACUAGGUAACAUGGUGGAAAACUCAUCCCUUUCACCGAACGUCAACUAUUACGGCAGACUGCACAACGAAGGGCACAACAUGCUGGCCUACGUGCACGAUCCGGACAAUUCGUUUCUGGAAGGUUUUGGAGUAGUCGGCGACAAUACAACGGCAAUGCGCGAUCCUGCUUUCUACCGUUGGCACCAGCACAUCGACGAUAUUUUCCAACGCCAUAAGCGCCGAUUCAAGCCAUAUACCAAGGAAGAUCUCUCCUUCUCGGAUGUUGAAGUUGAUUCUUUCAACGUUCAGUUGAAUCGUGCCGGCGCCAAAAACAACAUACUGCUAACGUUCUGGCAACGAUCCCAGGUUGAUUUGGGAGCUGGUCUCGAUUUUGGACCGGAAGGCAAUGUGUUUGCUACGUUUACCCAUAUCCAGCAUGCUCCAUUCACUUACAGGAUCGAAAUAAAGAACGAUAGCAGAACUCCCAAACGUGGUACCGUUCGACUGUUCCUGGGGCCCCGAACUGACGAGAAAGGCAACACUAUUCCGUUUGGCGAUCAGAGACGCUGGAUGAUCGAGUUGGAUAAGUUUACUGUCAACAUUAACCCGGGCGAGAAUAAUGUUGUGCGUCGAUCGGAACAGUCCAGUGUUACCAUUCCGUACGAGCGAACGUUCCGUAAUAUCGCAAUGUCCAAUGAACCGAACAGCGAUCAAUUCCGGUUCUGCAACUGUGGUUGGCCAUCGCACAUGUUGAUACCGAAGGGUACUCCACAGGGACAACAGUAUGAUUUCUUUGUGAUGGUGUCGAAUUUCAACAACGAUACUGUGAACCAGGAGUAUAACGAGACCUUGCCAUGCGACGAUUCCCAUUCAUUCUGCGGUUUGCGUGACCGACUGUAUCCCGACGCACGCAACAUGGGCUUCCCGUUCGAUCGAGUGGCACCUUCAAGUGUGGCAAGUUUGAAGGAAUUUGUCAAGCCGUACAAGAACAUGGCCACAACCCCGGUUCAGAUACGUUUCACCAAUACGGUUAUCGCAAGAUCUUAAGGAGGAAUUCUUUCAUCUUCUAUCGACGAUAAACAAGGAAGAAACUAUCUCGGUUCUGAAUAAUAUCUUUAUCACGCAAAUUGGAAUAUUCGAUUGGAAUUCUUAAAUAAACUAUCACUAAUUGGCAAAAUAUUUACUUUUAAAAUAUUGAUUUCGAGACUCGUAGCAUAUUUGGCUUGAUUCUAACCCGAUAGCGUUACAGCAGAUAUACAUAAUACUUAUUGAUAGCAAAGCAGUCUCUCUAGGUAAUCAAUGAUUGCAAGUGAAGUGCACAGUUAUACGAACCUAUUCUAAGUGAUGCAGCAGAAAGCUGCUUGCUAGAAGAACAAUAACACUGGGCUA